AUGCGUCGCUCGGGGAACCGCGAGGAGAACAAACGGAUCCUGAUGGACCUGGACGUGGUGCUCAAGAGCCACGACUGCCCCUACAUCGUGCAGUGCUUCGGCACCUUCAUCACCAAUGUGAGACACGCUGGGGACAUUGGGGACAGAGAGCAGCAGAGCCACGACUGCCCCUACAUCGUGCAGUGCUUCGGCACCUUCAUCACCAACAUGGUGAAGGCGCUGCUGUACCUCAAGGACAAGCACAGGAUUGUGAAGGCGCUGCUGAACCUCAAGAACAAGCACGGGGUGACCACAGGGCGACAUGGGGGUGACAAUAAUGGGCUUAUAAUCGUGAAGGCGCUGCUGUACCUCAAGGACAAGCACGGCGUCAUCCACCGCGACGUGAAGCCGUCCAACAUCCUCCUGGACGAGCGGGGUCAGAUCAAACUCUGCGACUUCGGCAUCAGCGGCAGAUUGGUGGAUUCCAAAGCGAAAACACGGAGCGCCGGGUGUGCG